GGAUAAUGACGGGGCGAGCUCGAGCGAGAGCCCGAGGAAGGGCCCGCGAGCGGGAGCCGGCGCAGCACGUGGGAGUGGCAGUGAGCCAGCAGCCCGGGUACCUCCCGCCCAGACUGCAGCAGCCACCCACAGAGGGGGAGCUGGUCGGCAGGGGGCGCCAGCGUGGAUCAGCAGGAGCAGCAGCCAAGUCACAAGAACUCCAGAUAUCUGCUGGAUUUCAGGAGUUGUCGCUAGCAGAGCGAGGCGGUCGUCGUAGAGAUGUCCACGACCUCGGGGUGAACACCCGGCAGAACCUCGACCAUGUGAAAGAGUCAAAAACAGGCUCUUCGGGCAUCAUCGUGCGGUUGAGCACGAACCACUUCCGGCUGACGUCGCGCCCGCAGUGGGCCCUGUUCCAGUACCACGUCGACUACAGCCCCCUGAUGGAGGCCCGGCGGCUCCGCUCCGCCCUGCUCUUCCAGCACGAGGACCUCAUCGGGAGAUGCCACGCGUUCGACGGCACCAUCUUGUUCCUACCUAAGAGGCUGCAGCACAAGGUCACGGAGGUGCUCAGCCAGACCAGGAGCGGGGAGCACGUGCGGGUCACCAUCACGCUGACCAGUGAGCUGCCGCCCACGUCGCCUACCUGUCUGCAGUUCUACAACAUCAUCUUCAGGAGGCUUUUGAAAAUCAUGAACUUGCAACAGAUCGGACGGAAUUAUUAUAACCCAAGCGACCCCAUCGACAUUCCAAACCACAGGCUGGUGAUCUGGCCGGGCUUCACCACGUCCAUCCUGCAGUACGAGAGCAGCAUCAUGCUGUGCACCGACGUCAGCCACAAGGUGCUGCGCAGCGAGACCGUGCUGGACUUCAUGCUGCACCUGUACCAGCACACGGAGGAGCACCGGUUCCAGGAGCAGGUGUCCAAAGAGCUGGUCGGCCUGAUCGUCCUCACCAAGUACAACAAUAAAACCUACCGCGUGGACGACAUCGACUGGGACCAGAGCCCCCAGAGCACCUUCAAGAAGGCCGACGGCUCGGAAGUCAGCUUCCUGGAGUACUACAGGAAGCAAUACAACCAGGAGAUCACCGACCUGAAGCAGCCGGUCCUGGUCAGCCAGCCCAAGAGGAGGAGGGGCCCUGGGGGCUCGCUGCCGGGCCCGGCCAUGCUCAUCCCCGAGCUCUGCUACCUCACAGGCCUCACGGAUAAAAUGCGCAACGACUUCAACGUGAUGAAGGACCUGGCCGUCCACACGAGGCUGACCCCGGAGCAGAGGCAGCGCGAGGUGGGGCGGCUCAUCGAUUACAUCCACAGAGACGACAACGUUCAGAGGGAGCUUCGGGACUGGGGCUUGAGCUUCGACUCCAACUCACUGUCCUUCUCAGGAAGGAUCCUGCAGGCAGAAAAGAUUCACCAAGGCGGAAAAACAUUUGACUACAACCCGCAGUUCGCCGACUGGUCCAAAGAGACCCGGGGCGCCCCGCUGAUCAGCGCCAAGCCGCUGGAUAACUGGCUGCUGGUCUACACGCGGAGGAACUACGAAGCAGCCAACUCGCUGAUCCAGAACCUGUUCAGAGUCACCCCGGCCAUGGGCAUACAGAUGAAGAAGGCCACCAUGAUCGAGGUGGACGACAGGACGGAAGCCUACCUGAGGGUGUUGCAGCAGAAGGUCACGUCCGACACCCAGAUCGUGGUGUGUCUGCUGUCCAGUAACCGCAAGGACAAGUAUGACGCCAUUAAGAAGUACCUGUGCACAGACUGCCCCACCCCCAGCCAGUGCGUGGUGGCCCGCACCCUCGGCAAGCAGCAGACCGUCAUGGCCAUCGCCACCAAGAUCGCCCUGCAGAUGACCUGCAAGAUGGGUGGCGAGCUCUGGCGGGUGGACAUGCCCCUGAAGCUGGCCAUGAUCGUGGGCAUUGACUGCUACCACGACACCACGGCCGGGCGGCGGUCCAUCGCAGGCUUCGUGGCGAGCAUCAAUGAGGGCAUGACCCGCUGGUUUUCACGCUGCGUGUUUCAGGACCGAGGCCAGGAGCUGGUGGACGGGCUCAAGGUCUGCCUGCAGGCCGCCCUGCGUGCCUGGAACAGCUGCAACGAGUACAUGCCCAGCCGCAUCGUCGUGUACCGGGACGGCGUGGGCGACGGCCAGCUCAAGACGCUGGUCAGCUACGAGGUGCCGCAGCUCCUGGACUGCCUCAAGUCCAUCGGGAGGAGUUACAACCCCAGGCUGACGGUCAUCGUGGUGAAGAAGCGAGUGAAUGCCCGUUUCUUCGCGCAGUCUGGAGGGAGACUUCAGAACCCACUCCCCGGGACGGUUAUUGAUGUGGAGGUGACCAGGCCCGAGUGGUACGACUUCUUCAUCGUGAGCCAGGCCGUGCGGAGCGGCAGCGUGUCCCCGACCCACUACAACGUCAUCUACGACAGCAGCGGCCUGAAGCCCGACCACAUCCAGCGGCUGACCUACAAGCUCUGCCACGGUGUCAUCCGCGUGCCCGCGCCCUGCCAGUACGCCCACAAGCUGGCCUUCCUCGUGGGCCAGAGCAUCCACAGGGAGCCCAACCUGUCGCUCACCAACCGCCUCUACUACCUCUGACCACACCGGCGCCGCGGCCUCCCGGAUGGCAACUUCGGGGCCUUUAAGCUUGGGUUUUGUUUGUUUGUUUUUUAACUGUUAUCUUUCUAGAGACUCGGGGAGGGGAUUAGGAGAUCUAGAGUUUUAUUUGACAUUGGUAUUAACUAGAUUUGUUAUUUUAUAGGUUAAAAUUAAGGUUUUAUAUUCUACGUCCUUUGCUUCUCGUUAAGUAUGUUAUCAGACUUUUCUUGUUUGGGGAGAAGACGAGGGUAGCGUGCGUUGUCUGUGACAGGCUUUCCGGAGCGUCCGAGCGCAUCCGGCUCGCGCCCUGUGCUCGCCGCCCGUAGACGCUGCUCCUCGUGGGAGGCACACAGUGCCUGCGGCCCUCGGGGCGACGGGUCUGAGCGCGUGUUUUAAAGGGAAAGCCGGUACUGAGCCAUACGCGGGGUCAGGAAGGAUGAGCUUAGUUUUCAUUUGGGGGGAGGGGCCAGGUGGUAUGGGAGUAGAAAAGAUAGUUUAAAAGUUUUAAAUUUCUGUCCAAAGAAAGAUUUUAAGGCUGUCUAGUGUAGAGGCCGGCAGGGAAGCUGUGUGAGCGUGGCUGCUUAUUCCUUUUCCCACUGGGACCCGAUUCUGUGUGUUCCAAAUAAAACUGGAGAGCAAGCCAGU